ACAUAAUCGCGUUAGCCGUUAGCGUCGACCAGUAUUCGUUCAUAUCUUCACAAUACAUAACUCAAAAAUGUUGUGUACAAUUUUAUAGUAUUUUCCAAACGGAUUGAUGUUUGUCGCCGUUCGCUUGUCGCGUAAUAUUCUAAUUGGUUGCCGGUUCAUUUCGUUUUCUUUUAUUCUUACAAUCCGUAUCGAUUGCGUUUCUUACGGUCUGGUAAACAAAUGAUUCGGACUUCUAUCACACUACGCAUUUGAACUCACUUGUUUCGCUUCACAUUUACCAAUCAUCGCUCUAAUGAUUUACACUGCCUGUUCAUCAUUCCAACAAAUUUUGUCCUACUAUUUAUCUAGAUAAAUACGUAAAACACUGUUGAUUCAACAGUACCGGACUGUCUAUCUUUCAAUUUUGCUGGAAUAAUUUGAUCAAACAUGACGUUUUCUGACGCAUUCAGAUUUAUUGAAGAAGGUACGAAUAAUUUGUCUAUUAGACAUGCUAAUAGAAUUCAAAACAAAAGAAUGUGGAAAUCAUUACGGAAACAUAUUUUAACCCGUCGAGAAAAGUGUAAACAAGCUGAAGCUAAUGCUGAAGUUUUAAGAAAAGUUAAAUAUUUAGAACAACAAAAAAUUCAGGAAAAUAAACUGUCAUUAGCACAGAUCAAUGGUCGUUUAUCUGAAUUACGAGAUAAGCGUGAUGAACUCGAAGAAGAAAAACAAGCACUUUUGAAUCAAGCCAAUGCUUCUAAUAAUAAUGUAUCAUCAUCACCAGAAGUUGAGGCCAAGUGUGAACAAUUUGAUAGCAAUAUUUUAGCAACUAACAAUAUCAUAAGAUCAACAGUAUCAGAUGCCAUUUCUGUCCGUCAACAGCAAAUCAUAUUGUCUAAUAAUACACAAUCUUAUGUGAUACCACCCACCAUUAAUAAUUUAAGUACAUUGGAAAGAAAUUCAGUUGUAGUACGCAACAUUUUCAAUGGAGGUAGAGAAAAUUAUUGGAUUAAUCACCAUCUACAUUAGUUGAUGUCACUACAAUAUAACUAGGACUUUAUCAAACAAUUUGUUGUAUUGCUGUAAUUCAUGUAUAAAUAACGAAUAAAAAUUUCAGUUCAGUUACAAAAUUGGAAAAUUGCAUAUUCUCAACUCAAGCCUGUUCAACUGUAAAAUUUACUACAUCGGCAAUAAAAAAUAAUUAAACUAUUCAUUACUUACACAUAAGUUGAUAGUUGUGGUUGUAGUCAUUUUAAUUUAAAUAUACAUUUUGUAGUUAACUGCUGAAAUCAUUCAAGGUCUAUUGCAAGCCAUAAUAAUCAUUCUUUAAACUGCCAAUACUAAAAAGCCAUUUAAAGUUAAAAUUCAGUUGGUGGAAAUGCAAAAGAAAAAUCAUAUUAAUUAUUAUGAUAUUAUUUAACA